AUGAAGGCAAACACUAUGAUGAUGGCGUUGGGUGCGCUUGCCAUGGGCGCGAGGGCUCAGGAUGCUGUUGCACCCGAAGUUCAGCAAUCCGUUCUCAUGGUCCUCGCUCAGGCGAUCCCAUCGGAUAGCGUAGCAUACGCGCUCGCAUCGUCCUCUGCAUUCGCGGCUGAGAUGGCAUCGUCUCUCUCAGCUGGCAACACACCAACUUGGUACCAAGCGCUCCCAACGGACGUUCAGAGCCUCUUGCCUCAAAUCUACCCUGCUGCCGUUCAAGCUACGCCAACACCGACUCCUACGCCAUCUUCUAGCGCGUACGUCGUGAAGAGCAGCAGUGUUGUAGAGAGCUCUAGCGCUAAAAUUACGCCAUACCCAACUGGAAUGAACAGCACCAUGGUCAAGCCUACCAUGAGCGCUACUGGAGGUGCUAGCAUCAGUGUAACACUGAGUCCCAGCGACACUGCUUCUUCCAUCCCACCUCCCUUCGAAGGCGCCGCUUCCAGGCUCUCUGUCGGCGCCGGUCUUGGUGCUGCUCUCGUUCUUGGUAUGCUCGCUUUGUAG